UAACGUCACUUCAAUCACGUCUCUCAAGGUUAUAGCAUUGCGCAUGUUUUAUAAAAUAAAUUAAUUUCAACGAAGUAAAUUAGUCACUCUCCGUUUGAUGCUAGAUCGAGUGCUCCGUCGCUUUUCAGUUUUAUUCAACAAGAUGGUGCCAGAAGUGGUGUUUGUGCUGGGAGCUCCCGGCUCCGGCAAAGGGACGCAGUGCUCCUUGAUCUCUAAAGAAUACGAUUACGUGCACUUGUCCGCGGGGGAUCUGCUGCGCGAGGAGCGGCAGCGGCCCGGCUCCGAGUACGGAGAGAUGAUCGAGGAAAAAAUCCGUAAUGGCGAGAUCGUGCCCGUGGAGGUUACUUGCUCGCUCAUACACAAGGCCAUGCAGAAAUCCGGCAAGACGCGCUUCCUUAUCGACGGCUUCCCGCGCAACAAGGACAACUUAGAUGGCUGGGAACGCGUGAUGACUGACAAAACGAAGCUUCAGUUUAUACUUUUCUUUGAGUGUUGUCGGGAUCUGUGCACGGAGCGGUGCCUGGGGCGCGGCGCGGCGGGUAGCGGCCGCUCGGACGACAACCUCGAGAGCUUGCAGAAGAGAUUCAACACGUACCUGAAUGACACCAUGCCUAUCAUAGACCACUACGACCGCCUCGGCCUAGUGCGUCGAAUCAACGCUGAAAUUAGUCCCGCAGAAGUGUUUGAGAGUGUCAAAAAAGUGUUCACAGCCGUUGAGAAGAGUGAAAGUUAAUUUAAUUAACUUUAUGAAUAAAUAGGUCAAUCUUA